AUGCAGGUAAUGAACAGCAUCACCGACAAGCCUGAUUGGGAUAAGAAGGUCUUUGAUGAGGAAAUUACCUCUAAAUGGCGCGAAGAGAUUUCCCACAGUGGAGAAGACGUAUCCCCCAAGAUGAUGGAUUGGAUCAUCAAAGAACUCCAGUGGAAAUCAGAAUCCUUCAAGGAGACCGGCCGUGUCAUGGUGUUCGAUGUCGGGGUGGUCAAGUCUGAUACCGCCAUUUCCACAGAACUGCAACAAGCCCUGAAGGAAGCAGUUAUCCCGUUCGAAGAUGUCCCCGAAGACCAAAAGGAUUACCACCCCGGUUCAAAUCAGCAAGUUAUUGAUCUGGUGCAUCCAUCUCUGUGCCCCGUUAUAUUUGGUCGGUCUCGUAUCCUCCCCGAUCGAACUAUUGACUUGGAGACUUGCCUCGGCAGUGUGGGUCAAGGAGAGCUGCUUCCAGUACCAUCAAAGGAUGAGGUAUUGCUCCCUCCGAGAGAUUACGGCUAUGGCUCCGCGCCGAACUCAUACAGUGAGAAGUUCCAAUGGUUGCCUUGUGAUGUGGAAUUCACCGAGGAUGACGGAUGCCGAAUUGUUUCCUACAUCAACAAUGCUCAUCCGGUCAAGCAUCGAGGACUCUAUGAGGUUGUUGACAAGGUCAUCACUCAAGUAGUGCCACUCUGGAACCAGACAUUGGCCUUCAGACCGCACGGUGAGAGACGGAUUCACUACUCUUCUGUUGACUAUGAAGAUACUGGUGCAAUUGAACCAGAACAGGAGUCGGACGAGGACGAUGACGCAUAUGAAGAACGUUAUCAAGCGUUCCAAAGCUCCCAGCGUAUCAUCCAACCUGACCCAGAGGAGUUCCAGCCUCCGAAGCUUGAUAACUGGAGUCUUAUUGACCUGCGCAAAGAAUUCUCGAAGGAAGGGCUGCAAGUGAUUGUGAAACUGGCGAACAUUGAACUCACGCCGGAGAAACCCGAGUAUGCGGGCGGUAGCUGGCAUAUUGAGGGACAGUUGAACGAACGAAUUUGUGCCACAGCCAUCUACUACUACGACAGUGAGAAUAUCACCGAGAGCACACUGGCUUUCCGUCAGCGCAGCGAAGACAACUUUGAAGAUGCCGGAUAUGAACAGGACCGCCACGAGUUCCUCCAAGCCGUGUAUGGAUUCGGUCCCGAAGUCUCCAGCCGCGACGAUACCAACGUCACUCAAACCCUCGGAAGCGUCGUUUGUCGCGAGGGACGUCUUCUCACUUUCCCAAACGUUGUUCAGCACUGCGUCUCGCCGUUCUCUCUAGAAGAUCGUACCAAACCUGGCCAUCGGAAGAUUCUUGCGUUGUUCCUGAUUGAUCCGCACAGACGGAUCAUAUCCUCUGCCAAUGUGCCUCCUCAGCAGGAGGAUUGGGGGAAAGAGAGACAGUCGCUGGUGAAUAACCUUCUAGCACAGAACUUGCCGCCGGAAUUGCAGAAUAUGGUUGAGAAGGACAUGCCAGCCUCGUUUAUAACCAUGAAGGAAGCCAAGGAUUAUAGGCUUGAAUUGAUGGCGGAGAGGAGCGUGAGGGCGGAGGUUAAUAACUCUGCCUUUGAGAUUGGAAGCUUUUCACUGUGUGAGCAUUAG